UCCCCGCGAGAACGGCCCAUCCCCAACGGGAGGCAGUCCGGAAGGAGAGGCCGUGCCUGAGGCGAGCUCCCUCCAAAUGCACGAUUGGCGGCCAAUCUGGUAGUCGGCGCGGCGGAAGUCGGUCCAGUCACAACAUGUGCACGUGCCCACACAUGAUCAUCCAGACUCAAUCCCCGCCCUCGGUUCCGAGCUGGUUCUUCCCUCAUUCUCGGGGUCCCUCCCCUCCGAUGACUUCUGCCGAUGCCAAUCCCAUCACUUGCCCCGUGUCCGACCUCCCGGACACCACCCCGGUCGCCGCCGCGCCGGGUCCGGAGCAGCCGGAGCAGGAGGAGGAGCCGGCUCCCCAUUACGAGUUGACUCAGACUGACCAUCUGAACAAGAAGCUUCUUGCUUCGGUUGCCUCUUCCAGUGUGAUCGAUCGCUUCCGCAUUGCUCCCCUCUCGGAUGACGGCGAGAGCUCCGAUUCCGAGGCUGAGUAG